ACUUAAGUCACAAUGAAAGGAUUGCCUAUCCAAGGUUCCAGAAAAUCAGAUUUUUGCAAAUAUUCAAGAAUUAUUCAUGAUGAGGAAUGUGAUUUGCUUUAUUUUUGGUGCAAUCUUGUUCUUGUUUUCUUUCACCACUGGAAGUGACUGGGUAGAGAAUCCAGGAAUGACUAAGCUUUCCAUGAUUAAACAUCGGGACGCCAACGAAAUAUUAGGUCACGAAGGACAUCACGAAUCAGAAAAUGCGAAAUUGGUUAAAGCCAAGUCUUCCAAAAAACCAAGGAGAAUAUAUAAAGAAUUAACCGAUCAAGACAUAGAAGAAUUCUUCAAACUUGUAAAAAGCGAGGUAAAAUCGUCACUGCGAAUAUCUAAAAUCGUAACCGACGACGAAGUAGAUAAACUGCUUGAAUGGUUGGAAAAUGAUGCAAAAAAAGUGCUACGUCAUAGAUGUACAGAAGAAACAAUAGCCAAACAACUCAUAAGGAACAUGAAUAAAACUGCAACUUGUUAAAGUAAUAAGAACAUAUACACAAUUUUUGAAUUAAAUAAAAGGAUA